AUGUACGAGUUUACGGAACUACAAACACCCAAGGAUCUUGAUGUCAUUGCAGACUUGACAUUCAGUCCUCGACAGAACUGGUUGGUGACAACCUCGUGGGACUAUAGAGUCCUAGUGCACGAUCUCGGGGGUGGUGUAAGCACAAGUAAUAAUAUGAAAAGCGAAGAGUACAGGGCCAAAGUUCCUAUGCUUAGUGUAUGUUUUGCCAAUGGCAACAGUACUUUUCUAGGCGGUCUUGAUGGUGGGAUUUACCAAUUGGACUACGAGAAUAGCGACUUCAAUGUUGUAGAUGUUUUCGAGGAACUGGCUUCCGAAGGAGUAGGUAAACAUUUAGAUGUGGGGAUUAAGAAGGUGUGCUUUGAUCAACAGCAGAAUAGACUUAUUGCUGGUUCAUUCAAUGGAGAUUUGAGAGCUGUGGAUGUAAGAACAUGUCAACGCAUAUUCCACAAACAAGCAGAUACUACCACUAAUUCUAAAAUUCAAAACAUGGACAUCAGCAAAACCUUGUUGAUAGUGCAACGUAAGGGAAGUGAUAUUGACAUUUAUGACUUGCGAAAUUUUGAUAAUCCUGUGGAAACAAGACAAUUGGGACUUAAUCAUCAGGUACGUGACUUGAUUUCUCUCUCACAUACAACGGACGAAGGGUUUGCAUUAUCAACAAUUGAUGGACGGGUAUCCUUAGAAUAUUUUGAUAAAAACCCUGAAAUCCAGCAAUCUAAACGGUUUACAUUUAAAUGCCAUAGAGCUAAAGAUAAGGUUACUGGAAUUGAUACGGUUUAUCCCGUCAAUGCUCUAGCAACGAAUUCUCUGCAUAACACUUUAUUUACUGGUGGGUCUGACGGUUGCGUGUGUCUUUGGAACUUGAAUAAGAAGAAGCGAAUCAGAAUGUACCCAAAGUUUUUCAAUACAUUCACACCACAUUCUGAUGAAGAUGACUCUCAUUUGGAUAAAGCAGUACAGAGUGUUGUUAAGCUUGCAUUAGCGAGUGAUGACUCAAUGUUAGCUGUGGGGACAAGUGAUGAUGGCUAUAAAAACUUUAAGUCGUUAGACGUCCCUUUAUUGCAGCAAGUUCCAUCUCGGGUCUUUAUCAGACAAUUGGUACCUGAUGAAUGUGCGGCCUGA